UUACUAGUCCUUUUUUUAUUAUUAUUAUUAUUAUUAUUAUUUAUUUAUUUCUUUAUUUAUUUUUUAUUUUGGGAGCCAUGUCAUUCCCGACGACACAAUGAUGAUAAUUAUGAUAAUUUUGCUCUCAUUUUGGUCCGUUGGCUUAGUGCUAAUUCUUCCUCUCUUAUUUUAUUUAUUUAUUUAUUUUCAUGCAUCACCAAUGUGUUCCUGUUUUAAUGUAGCCUCAAAAUCCUCCUUUUCUUCAAAAAGGAAGGCUGCAAGGUCCAUGUCGCUUGCAUCAACACCCGCAUCUAUCUCUGAGCUGUUUCGUCGCCAGAGCAGCACAACUAGUUUGGGCAGCAUCCUCACACCCUCAACUCCAUAUUUGGAAAGCAAGAGCUCCGAUCCCAUUCAAGGUCCAAUUCAAUUCGGUUUUGGCUCCUUCCUUCUUUGGCUAAAAGAUCAUCCUUCCUCAUCCAAGGUUGGAUCUGAAAACCUCGGCAGGUUCUUACUAGUCAAGAGUGCCUCCUUAAUUGCUGCCUGUCUGGGCUGUGUCUACGGUCUGGUCUUUGACAAGCAACUGUCCAUCUCCGCUUGCUCCUUUCUUCUCUUCUUCCUGCCCGCUGUCCAAGGCGCCACAGGCGCAACCCGUCUAUGUGGACUCAUUCUUUCUCUAGCCAUCACCGCAGUCUUCAUAAACUUUCAGAUGCGGACCAUCCCUUUGUUGGGUCCCAGUCUCGAGACCACACUACUCUUUGCCUUACCCCUCGUGACUGGAAUGCUUGUCGGACGCAGAGUUGGCCUAGCUUCCUGUCUGGCAAUCAUUCUCUAUUCUAUUGAAGAGUAUCGCGAGAAAACUAAGGUUAGUACAAAGUACAUGUCUUAAUGAUCAUCGUUUGUGGAAUCUUUUAAAGUUUUAAUGUGUUUUAUUUAUUUUUAUUAUUAUUUAAAAAAAAAAACCUUUUUCUUGCU